GGCAGAGGAGCGAGGAGGAAAAAAAAAACGCGCUGAAAGAAGCCUGGCAUAGUUUUGUGGGGAUUGUGGAAAAAGAUGUAACGAAGCUUGCAAGCGCUCUCCCCGGGAUGGAAAACUGGAUUACUCUCCCUGCUGAAACACACUGUGGAUGUCUGAAUAAACCAGGAGGAGAUACACGGGAAUGAAUGGAUUCUAAAGCCUUUUCACAAAAUGGGAACUAACUGUGCUCAUUUUCGCUGUAGUGCAAAGCUCUCUCUGGGUGUGUGUGGGAUGUUGUGUCAGGGCUAAAGCCCAUCCCUCUCCCAUGAGCCUGUGUGCCCACACACACCUGGCUCCUUCACGCACACACACCCGGCGCCCACGCACGCAAAGCCGGCACUGACGCUGUGAACUGGACCCUAGAAGCCCAGCGGAGCCAAGCGGAGCGGAGUCUAGCCCAGUUGGAGCCUGAGGAUGUCAACAGAGACAGAGCUACAGCCAGCGGUCAGGCCCAGCAGCGUCAGACGGGACUCCAAAAGGAAAGGGCAGGAUCGCAGCGAGGCGACUCUCAUCAGGCGUUUUAAGGGCGAUGGCGUCCGCUACAAGGCCAAGCUCAUCGGCCUGGACGAGGUCACUGCCGCCCGUGGAGACAAACUCUGCCAGGACUCGAUGAUGAAGCUCAAGGGUAUAGCUGCAGGAGCACGGUCUAAAGGAGAACACAAAAAGAAGGUGUUUCUGACCGUUUCCUUUGGAGGGAUCAAGAUCUAUGAUGAGAAGUCAGGGGUCCUUCAACACCACCAUGCGGUCCACGAGAUCUCCUACAUUGCCAAGGACAUCACGGACCACCGAGCCUUUGGCUACGUCUGCGGAAAGGAAGGGAACCACCGCUUCAUGGCUAUCAAGACUGCACAGUCGGCUGAGCCUGUGAUCCUGGACCUGCGGGACUUGUUCCAGCUCAUCUAUGAGAUAAAGCAGAGAGAGGAGAUGGAGAAGAAGGCGCAGAAAGACAAGCAGUGUGAGCAGGCGGUCUACCAGACAAUACUGGAGGAGGAUCUGGAGGACCCGGUCUACCAGUACAUUGUGUUUGAGGCGGGACACGAGCCCAUCCGUGACCAAUCAGAAGAGAGCAUUUAUCAGGUUCCCACAAGUCAGCAGAAGGAAGGGGUCUAUGACGUCCCAAAGCGACACCCAAAUGGACAUCAAAACAACCCCCACCAUCAUCAUCAACAUCAUCAUUAUCAUGAGCAGCCCCUCAAACAAGAUCAAACUCAACAGCCGCAGCCGCAGCCGCAGCCGGCAGUGGCAGAUCUGAUAGAAUUAGAUCUGGAAAUGGUGACUCAGAAUAUCAACCAAUUUGAGAUUUUUGGAGACAUGUCCACACCUCCUGACAUCACUUCUCCAUCGACCCCCGCCUCUCCAGCUAACAUCCUCGACCCCUCGCAGGGCCUUCUGCCUCCCACGGAACUGUUUGCUUCCUUCAAUCCUGCGUCCGUGCCCUCAGGUUAUGUGACAAUGGGAGCAGUACCCCCUGGCCACUGGUCCCAGCAGGCGUUUGCUGCCCAGACGCCGCUGGCCUUCGGGGUCCAGUCUCCUCUAGGCCCGGUAGCCCAGGUGCUGCCAGGUGGCCAGCCUCUCAUUUGGGGCCAGGCCAACAUCUUCCCUGCCACCCAGCAGCAGUGGGCAGCCAUGGCAGCCGGAGCCUUCUCCCCCACAGCCUACCUCCCUGCCCAACCUGUGGGCACUCUGCCUGCCGCCAUGUUCCAGACUCUCACCCCCGUCACGUCUUUGACUCACGCCGGCGAGAGCCAUUUAGGUGCUGGAGCUAGCGCUCCCUCCCCUUCAGCGUCGUCGAGUCCGCAGCACGGGGAGAGAGCGAGGAAGAUGGGCAAGGAGAUGUUCAAGGACUUUCAGCUGGCGAAGCCUCCUGCCAUGCCGUUGAAGAAGGGUGAACAACCCAACUUAGCAAGUACCUCAGAUGCAUUCAGCUCUUACUUCAGCCGUGUGGGCACUGCCCAGGACACGGACGACUGUGACGACUUUGACAUUUCUCAAAUGAAUCUAACACCAGUCACCUCCACGACACCAUCCACCAACUCACCACCCACCCCAGCUCCCAGGAAGAGCUCUCCCUCGAAAUCCUCAGCCUCCCAUGUCAGUGACCCCCCCACUGACGCCACAGACCCCCCCACAGACGACUCGUUCGGGGAAGCAGAGGGCAGCCCUAGUCGCAGUGGAGAGGAAGAUGCUGCGUGUGGUUCUGGGUCGCCCUGCCCCAGUGAGACGGCAGAGCCGAGUCCAGACCAGGCCAGUCCAGAGGCUGGGAGCUAGAUAGCAGCAGGGCAGGAAGGGGAAGGACCCUCUCUACGCCCAGAUCAACAAAGGGAAGAAAUGAAGAGACACACAGGAAGACAGACCUGACCAGCACUGAGAGAGCAGGAGGACAACUCACUGUGUGUGUGUGUGUGCGUGUGUGUGCGUGAGUGUGUGGGUGUGGGUGUGUGUGGGUGUGUGUCUGCGUGCGUGUGUGCAUGUGCGUGUCUGGCACAUCUCCCAGUCUGGCCAAGCCCUUCUUCUUCUUCUUCUUCUUCUUCUUCUUCUUCUUUUUCUUCUUCUUCUUCUUCUUCUUCUCCUCCUUCGGCUAACAACCUCCCAGAAGGAGCCUCCACACGCCCUCUGUCCUCCUGCUGUGCUCCUCCUCUCUGCAGCCCUCUUCUCCUCCUGAAAGGAGAGAGCCCUCUUGGUCAUUCACUCCAGGCAGGAGGGAUAUCAAUCACUGAGACGGAUCCAGUUCUCCCUCCACUGCGCUGUCUUCUCCUCUCCUCUUUUCUCCCUGUGGCGACUCACACACAGCCUUACAGACCUAACCUGCUCCCCCCUCUGUCUCCCUCCUUUCUCUCCCUCCUCUUCUCUGUCUUUGCUCUUACACUCCUCCCUCUGCCUCCUGUGUCUGGCCAGAGACUGUGCUGCCAAGGAGAGACUGAAUCAAGCAGUGCCUCCCUGUCUCCGACACACACAGACACACACACACACACACACCCACACACACACACAGAAACACGCACGCUCAUCGGGAUUAGAAUGCUCAUUUUUCAUUUUAACGGACAGAAUCUGCGUCUGUAGUGAGGAGAUCCUACGGGAGGAGCUAGACUCUAACGAGCCUAUCAGGGAUGGCCCGUUACUGGGAUCACUGCUUCUGAUUGGUUGGUUGAUUCGGGUGUUGUCUCCCCAUUCUUGUGAGUGUCUGCUGGAUCACUAUGCAGAAAUAGACUCUCUGGGAGCUACUCACACCAAAUACAUACAUACUGUGCUCACAGCAAUCAGCCUACAUAUACUCACACCACACACACACACACACAUGCAGUCAUCUCUCACCCUCUCUAACAUGCAUACACACAGUCAUUUGCCAAACGUCUGUCCUCGCAGACAGACUCACGCAGAGGCCAGAGGACCGGACAUACUGAGGAAUGGACCCUGAGAGGGAAGUGUUGCAAGUCCAACAGAUUCUGUGAUUGAACUGUUCAUUCUCUAUAGCUUUUGUACAAUACUGAUAAAAAAAAAAGAAGAAAUUGAAAAAUUGAAUUUUUAUUUUAUAAGUCAAUCAAGCCGCUGGGGUCAGCUCUAUCGGAGUUAUAGAGUCAACAUGGCUUUAAGGCAUCUGAUCGUUGGUUUGCCAAACUCAUUUUGUAAAUAAUGAUAACAACAACCGUUUUGUCCACUGGAAUUCUGUGCCAUAAAAUAGGAAGGCUUCAGUUAUGCAAAUUCUUGACGUUAACCCAAGCAAUACCAACAUAUGUUUUAUUUUUCCUGUUUUCCUACUCUGUUUUGUUGCCCUCUGAUAUUGUUUUGAUCUUGUGCAUGGAUGUUGUAGGUCUUUGUCUUAGCCUCAGUUAUUAAUUCUGGUUCCACCUGCACACCUAGCUCGUAUUGGUCUUUUCAAGUCCCACCACCUCACGUUGUUAUGUCCCAAACAGAUUAGCUUCUGCAGUUUCUGUUACCGAGAGCCUAUGUACGUGUUUCUGUACCUGCAGUCUCUAUGUUGCAGACAGCAGACACAGUCCCACUCACUGUAGCCCAGACUGCUCCUCUCCUCCAUCCCAUUCCCCCAGAACAGUCUUUAAGAUACCGUUAUGCUCCGCCCAUCUGUCUGUCUGUUGGUCAGAUGCCAAACUGCUGCUGUCCGAGCAUCUGUGUGUGGACUGCAGCAUCCUCUGCUACGACUACAUCAACUUUGAUGCCAAUGACUCCCUAUUUUAUGGCCAGAGUCCCCAUGUCACUUGAAAACUCUUUUGGACUAUGAUGUUGAUUAACUUUAAAAUUUGACAACUAGAAGAUGAGCAAAGAAGUUGAAUUAAAAGGGAAACGUUGCUGUUUGAGUACAUAACAUUUCUAGACCUAUUUUAACUUUACCUCAGCUAACAGUUUCUUAAUGUAAAUUGACACAUUAUUUUUAUCUUUAUGAAUAUGACAUUCUACAGUGGGUUUUUAGAUGAUUUUUUGGUUUCUCUCUUGAUUUACGUAUUCCACCAUGUAUUACUGUUACAAAUAAACACAUCCCAAGUGAC